AUGGAAAUCCUGGCAGAGAGUCACUGGGCGUUGGUCCACCCCCUGCAGUCCAUUUCGAAGAGAACAUAUCGAAUCCUAGUCUUUAUUGUGUUAUGGGUUGGCUUUGGCUCCACGUACCUCUUGAAAAAGCCUCUGGGUGUCAUCAAGUCAGACAUAGCCGAGGACUUGCACCUGUCCAAAUUCGAAUUGGGCAUGUUGGAUACAGCUUUGCUCUUACCUUAUGCCGCAAUGCAGGUUUUUCUAGGGCCACUGGCAGACUACCUCGGCCCAAGGAGAACUUUGGCUUUUUGCCUCUGCUCUGCUGGAGUGUUUAUGAGCUUUUUUGGGCUGACAAAUUCGUUUCAUUUUUCCCUCUUCCUACUCUUUCUCUGCGGUACGUGUCUUGCACCCACUUGGCCCGCGUGUUCCAAAGCAUUAGCGUCUUAUUUCGAGAAGCAGAGAGACACUGUUUUCGGCCUUUUCUCGACAUCGGGCUCAGUCGGUGGCAUAUGUGGAACUGGGCUGGCCGUUUGUACUCUAAAUGUUUACGGUUGGCAACUGUCUUAUCUGGUACCAUCCGCCUUCUCGAUUGUGAUGGCCGCGUUAACAUUCGGCCUCGUUUAUAGCCCAGAAGAGAUGGGGCUGAGUGCUGGACAUUUACAGCCGAGCAGUGAAACGAUCACAUCUUGUAAGAAAUCCCCAACGACGAUUAGAAGCUGGUUGAAAUUAUGGGCCAUUCCGUUGAUCCCGGAAAUAACGUUGGCCGUUUUCACGCUCAAAGUCGUUCGCUAUUGCAUGUACAUGUGGCUACCCUUGUUCUUGCUCGACUACUUGAACUACAACAAAGUUCAAGCCGGUUUGAUGUCGACCGCCUUCGAAGUGGGCGGCGGACUGGGGAGCGCGGUGGUGGGUUUCUUGACGUCCAGGCUCUUUUCCGGCCGCUCACUUCCCACGCUCUGUCUAUUGACUAUCUUGAGCAGUUUAUCUUUACUCUUGUUCGCCGUGACGGCCCACUUUGGAGCCACAAUCAAUAUCGCCUGCCUCGUACUAGCUGGAGCCACAAAUUGCGGACCCGAUUCCCUACUCAGCGGAUCCAUACCGGCCAGACUGGGCGAACGCAACGGACUUGGAGCCGGAGGUGCCUUGACAGGCCUCGUUAACGGAGCUGGAAGUGUAGGAACGGUUAUAGAAGGCCCGAUCAUCGGUUUGGUUGCCCACCAAUGGGGAUGGAUGGGUGUUUUGCUGCUAAUGGUCGUGCUGUCAUCGCUCGGAGCUCUGGCCCUGUUACGGGCCGCCUUGAGCGUUUGGAGCCUAUCGCUGACGGCCAGUAACGACGACCAGAGUGAGCAGAGCUGGCCCGUCUAGCACUUGAACGAGAAAACUCGAGCAACAAUUUAAAGAAUACAAUACCAUCCGAACUAAUUUGCCAUGACAAAUUCAAAAGAUCUCAUUUUGUUGUUCUAUUUCCUUCGAAGUAAGCCCCGAAAUUUCCUUUACUUGGGCGGGAGGAUUUUCGCAACGCCAUUUUCAAUUAUUCAUGAGAGAAAAGAAAGGCUUUCGGUUUUAUUUAUUAUUGUUUUUUUGGUCUACCCCCCUAGCGAACCCCAAAAACUUGUCCACAAAACAACCCGAAUGCAAUGCACAACAGAAAGGGACGGAGUCUUUGUUUGAUGUGUUUCUUUGUUGUUGUAUUGUGUACAGUAUGUUAUGUAAGUUUGAAGAAGAAGAAGAAAAACCUUCCGUCCCUAGUCCCUAUAAAAAUAAAAAUAAACAAAUCUAGUCGGCACGUGACGAGCAAUAAUGCUCUCCCCCCCCACCACUUCGAUUUGAAUAAAUCACAAAAGAAUGGA